CGCUUUCCUUCAAGAACAUUGCCCUUAUCAUUAACUAGAAAGUGUGGGAAAUGAGAUUAUUAGAUUGUGCAGAGGACUACCCUUGUCAAUUGUUGUGAUUGGAGGGUUUCUUCUCAAAUCACCUAAGACUGUAGGAUUCUGGGAGGAUGUUGCCAAGAAUAUAAAAUCAAUCCCCAAUUCAACAGAAAAGCAAGAGAUCUUAGAUGUGUUAUUUUUAAGCUAUAGUCACUUGCCCCCUCAUCUGAAACCAUGUUUUCUUUAUAUGGGGAUUUUUCGGGAGGACCGUGAGAUUCGUGCAUCCCGAAUCAUCAAACUUUGGGUUGCUGAAGGAUUUAUCAAACCGAAGAGAGCUCAAAUGUUAGAAGAGAUUGCAGAGGGGUACUUGAAUGACUUAGUCGACAGGAAUCUUGUUCUUGUUGGCAGACAUCGAUCUAAUGGGAAGAUUAGGUCUUGUCGACUUCAUGAUCUGAUAAGAGAUCUGUGCUUGAAAGUCUCUGAGAAAGACAAGUUCUUCUAUGCCAAAAGGGCACCCGACAACAUGACAAAGGAGCGUCGCUUCAUAUGUCAUGACUUCAUCAAGAGUGCUGAUGGUCUGAAGUCAGCGCACCUUCUUCGUUCUCUGGUAUGCAGAGGGUUCAAGCUGCCGGUUGUGUUUAAGUUGUUGAGAGUUUUGAGUAUGGCUAGCGACUGUUCCGUGGAAGAUAUAUUACAGAACUUGAACUUGCGGUGCCUUACUUUCCAGCCUUCGUACUCCUUGGUGAGGCUUCCUUCUUCAAUAUCCUUCAUUUGGUACCUGCAAACAUUGACAAGUGAUGCGAAACUUGUCGUUGCACCAAUUGAAAUUUGGGCAUGUGGAGUGCACACAGAUUUACCUUCCCCAUCCUCCUCCAAAUGACUUUGUCAUGGGAAACUUUCACACAUUGACAAAAGCUGUAAAUUUGAGGUUGAGUGAGGAGGUGUGUAAGAGAAUUCCCAACACCAACAAAUUGCAUCUAAUCUACGAUGAUGAGUUGGAGGGAUAUGAUGAUUGCUUGUUGGACCAUCUCCACAAUCUUGGCAGCCUACGUAAACUUCAAUCACUAAAGCUAGUAGUUUCCACCUUUCCUAACCGAUCCUCAUGCAAUGCAGAUCGGCUCAAGUGUGCAUUUCCGAUAUCUCUGAAGAAGCUGUCACUGGAAAACUGCAGUCUUGAUUGGAAUGAUCUAACAAUCAUCGGUUCUUUGCCCCAAUUAGAAGUUCUCAAGCUAGUGGAUUCCGUCAAGGGACGAAACUGGCGUCCGGUUAACGGGGAGUUUCGCCGCCUUACAUUCUUGAGCAUUGUUGGUUGUGUUCUGAGAUGUUGGGAUGGAGAGAGCUCCCAUUUCCCAGUUCUGAAGAAGCUUAUGCUUAAGAGAUUGAAGCAGUUGGAAGAGAUCCCUUUGGAUAUUGGGGAAAUUCCGACGCUUGAAAUCAUCAGUAUGGUUGGAUGCACUGAGUCUGCUGAGAUUUCGGCAAUAAAAAUAAAGGAAGAACAGGAGAGUCUAGGAAAUGAGGGCCUUCUAGUUCAAAUGUCAUCAUGGAAAGAUAUCUUUACAUGGGAUUGACCGUGAGUUGAUCAAGUAAGUUUUUUUAUUCUUGAAAGUCUUAUCUUUACUAUUCUCGAUAAUGUAUUCGUUUCAGUUGAUUUGUGGUACUCUACUGGUAUGCUAGUUUUCUUGUUCUCGCCUUCUGAGUACUUAAGUAAGCCAACAUUGUGAUGUCCCCAUUAUAAUGUCGAUGUGUAUUGAAUCUAUGAGGCCUUAAUUGUUUAUCAGAGGAGGAGAAGCCUAUACAUCAUAAGCAUGGCUUUGCCUUGGAAAAGAUCUUCUGCAUAAUUCAUGGGUUUUAUUUUCAUCUUGGCUAAAAUUCUGCUGCCUUUCAUUAUAUCAUGACUAGUAUCACCUUAGUUUCUCAAUUAAAUUCCAAAAUAAUCACUGCAGAAGAUUUGAGAAUUCGAGAUCUAAACUUCUCACUCCUGAUAACUGAUGAUGUAGGGUGCCAGUAUCAUGUUACUAUAUGUCUAUAUGCACACAUUUGGAAGUCGUAAUGCUUAGUUUCAUGCACAUUGUUUUUUCAUCAUUUUGCUCUGAGGUAGAUUUUGUCCAUGCUGUAAUAUGGAAGACAUCUUUGAGGAUUACAGAAAUUGAUCGAUUCAAUAUUAGGAUUAUUAUGAUUUUUAUUUUAAUGUUUAAUUAGCUUAGAAUUUAUUUUGUAAAAUAAUAUGGAUCUGGGUCUGGACCCGAGAUCCAGUGGAUCUCAUGGAUCUGGGUCUG